AUGCCUUCCGCUUCAGGUACUUCGAGGUCUAGUGUAAGAAGCGGGCCUCCAAAGCAGCCCCCGCCGCCUGGUGUUACUGUGGCGCCCGAAGAGGAAGAGGAGAAAAGUGCCAAUGCCGCGCCAUCGGCGGUCCCACCUAUUCCAGCGCCAGUUCCUCCUGCUGCUGGAGCCUGGGGAUAUCCGCCAUAUGCUGCUAUGCCACCACCGGUUGCCGCAGGCGUUUAUCCACCGCCGUCCGCUGUUCCAUACCCACCACCCCCUGGUGCUGCUUGGUAUGCUCCAACUGCACCGUGGCCUCUAGCUGCAGCUCCUCAAAGUGGUACUGCUGGGGAGGGUACUGAUUAUUGGUCUCAAGCUGCAAAUUUCGGCUACUGCCCCCCUCCUCCUCCACCCCCACCCCCGCCGCCUCCUGCUCCUGGACUUUAA